AGCUUUUCUUGUAGGCCUUGCCAGCCUGGUGGUAGGAGCUUGUGAAUUUCCAGAGGCCUAGUUUCUAGAGAGAGACAGAAGGUCCUUUGGUAGUCAAUGGCAGGAAACAAAUUUAACAAUAAGUAAAUCCAUGCUGCCAAGAAACGAUGACAAAUCAAGAGUUUCGGAUGGGUGGAGGUAUCUCACCCUCCUUUGUAUCAAACUACAGUACAGGCGUUAAACCUUGCAGUUUUUGAGGCCUCUCAGUUUCUCUGUGCCGGACUUGCCCGUUCUUUCUCUAAGGAACAAUGAAAACAAUCCUUUUCCACUGCCUUACUUGUUGCAUUCUUCUGCUGCCUAUUAAUGAAGCUAGGAAUUUAUCGUGUGCAAAGUGCGACCUUGGAGAAGCCACAUGCAAGAUGAUUCAUUGCCCGCAUAAAGAGCUAGUGUGUGUUACCCUAUCGACAUUCAACACGUUAGGCGGAGGUAUCAGCCCCACUGGGAUGUACAAAAGCUGCAUUAACCGCAGUGCCUGCAAACCAGGAGCCUUCACGUUGAGCACAUCCACGGAAAGGCAAAUCCGGAGCAACAUAGCCUGUUGUGGAACUGCUGGAUGCAACGAAGAGCUAGUUCUAAGUAUGACUCCUGCGAGUUCUACCAAAAACGGGUUGACUUGCCCAGGGUGUGAGAGUUUUAACCGGGGCCCUUGCCAGGCCCAUGAGCGCGUCGAAUGCACCGGAAUCGAAGAAAAGUGCAUUUCCCUUGUUGGGCUAUACGCUGGUUUACCGGAACAAAACUUCUCCGUCAAAGGCUGUGCAACUGAUUCAGCUUGUUCCUUGGAUGUCAAUGACCUUGUGCCCUAUGCAGGAAAACUCUACAUUGUGACUGAGUAUGCAGUUUGCACUGAUGGGCAAACUGAGGAUUAUGGCCCUUCUGCAGCCAUCCAGCUAACUGGGUCCCCCUUUGUAAACGUUAUUGCUUUCUUGAGUUUCUCUGUGUUUGCAUCCUCACCUGUGUAACAAUCCUUAUGUUCCGAGGUAUCGAGAAUUAUAACGUUACGGUUUUUCUUA